AUGACUGAAAAAUUUGUAAGUGGUGGGUUUGGUUCAAGAGGACUUGGGGCCAUAACAAAUAGUUUCUGGCCAGGCAAACCACAGUUUACUGAAAGUGAUUAUCCAAAAUUAGAUGGUAAGGUGGUAAUUGUCACUGGGGCAAGUGCUGGUUUGGGUUAUGAAGUUACCAAAUUAUUAUUAGGAUCAACCAAUGCCAAGGUGUAUAUGUUUACAAGAAACAAACAAAAGACCAUUGAUGCUAUUAAGAGAUUAGAAACUGAAGUUGCAAAGGAAUUCAAUAAGACAAAUCUUAAUGUUGAUUAUAUUUCAAUCGAUUUUGCUGAUUUAACAACUAUCAAACCUGCUGCUGAAGAAUUCUUGAGUAAGUCAGAUAGAUUAGAUAUUAUUAUUCACAAUGCCGGUGUGAUGACUCCCCCAGAAGGAUCAGUCACCAAACAAGGCUUUGAAUUACAAUUAGGUACUAAUAAUUUUGGUCCGCAUUUACUUCAAAAAUUCUUAGAUCCAUUAAUUAUCAAGACUUCUAAAAAAAACAAAGCAGGUGUAAGUAGAAUAGUGUGGGUUUCGUCUUCUGCUCAGUAUUUGUCCUCAAAAGGAGGUCUUUUCUAUAGUGAUCCAAAUUUCAGAAAUACCAAAGCUAGUGCUGCAGGUAAAUAUGGUCAAAGCAAAGCUAUAAAUGUACUUCAAGCCAAGGGAUGGAAUAAUGCUCAUCCAGACGGAUCAAACAUCAUCAGCGUAUCGCUAUGUCCUGGAAUUUUAACUACAGAUUUAACAAGGCAUUCAACUGCAAUUGAAGCAUUUAUAGUAAGACUUAUUGGACAUCCUGUUAGAAAUGGAGCUUACACGGAAUUAUUUGCUGCUCUUUCAUCCAAUGUAUCUACUGGUGAUCAUAUUCAAUCAUUUGGAAAGGUGACCAAAGCAAGAGAAGAUUUAGAAGAUCCGAUUGCGAUUUCUAAAGCAUGGGAGUACAUUGAAGAAAAUAUUAGGUCAUAUAUAUAA